GAAGGGAUGCCCUCUGCAGCUCAUGCUGUUUGUAUCCUGGCCCGAAUCUUACGGUAUAAGCAUCAUGAAUGAUGCCCUCCUCUUGCAGGGGCCACUUUUCUGCAGCAAGAAAGCCCAAAAGCCAGAACAAAACCGAAGGCGUUGGGCAUUCGCAGACCCAGGGAUUCUAGGCUCUAGGGUACGAAGUGUGUGAUAGCGGAAGAGCGAUUUGGUGUGCUACAAAGUGUUAGUGCCGUGUUAUCACUAAUACGCUCGCAACUGAGCUUGCUGAUCAACUUGGUACAGUCACAUUGAGGAAGAGCACCUUCAAUAAGAUCCAGCUUGCCAGCAUUGCAACCAUGCUGUCUGUAUCUGCAACCAUGCUGUCUGUAUCGGCAACCAAGGUCAUGAAUUGUUGAUAGGCCAAAGCUUUUGAACUUUGCACCCUGAGCAUCCCAAGGAGAGUUGCAACACAAUGUUUAGCGGAGCUUGGUAGCCAGGGAUCCCCCGACCAGUGUCAGGCAGCUUUCCGCGAAUCGUUUAAGAAUUAGCCAUGUGUUGCUGGCCAUUGCUUUUUAAUUGAAGGUUCGCAGCAAAAGUUGACUGCCUGAGAUCGGACCGCUUACCGAAUCCUGAAAACAAAUUAGGGCUUCUGGAAGACCUUGUGUAAUCAAUCUGGCUGCAAUGGGGGGCGACAGCGAGCCUAAGCGAGGCGUGAACGGAUUGCUCUCGAAGCUGACCCCAAAGGAACUCAUGGGACUGGCGGCGGCGCUCCUCUAUGGAGCGAUGUCAGUAUCGAUGGCGUUCGUGAACAAGGGCCUCCUCAUGGAGUACCCGUUUCCAAACGUCGUCCUCACGCUCCAGAUGGCUGCCACCGCUGCAAUCAUUGUGACGGGCCAGCGCCUGCGUUGGUUCAAGGUGCGGCCAUGGGACAACCGGGUUGCCAAAUCACUGCUUCCGCUUGUCUUUCUGUACAAUGCAAACGUUGCGUUCGCCCUGGCAAGUCUACAAACGCUGAACAUUCCCAUGUACGUGACGCUCAAGCGGCUGACCCCUGUCGUGGUCCUCUUCUUCUCGUUCCUGCGGGGAAAGGGCCGGCCCAGCCUGCAGGUUUCGUCCGCGGUCCUGCUGACGGUCGCCGGCACGCUGCUGGCGGGCUUCUUCGACCUGAGCUUCGACCUCGCGGGCUACGCUAUGGCCUUCACAUCCGUCCUGCUCCAGGCGGGUUAUCUGCUAAUGGUGGAGAAGAGCGGCGCUGAAGAGGGCCUCAACACCAACGAGCUCCUUCUCUACAACAGCGCCAUGUCGCUGCCGGUGCUGCUGGUCAUCGUCGGCGCCUCGGGGGAGCUCUCGCGAGCGCACACUGCCUUCGGAAUCCAGAUGCUCUCGUCGUGGACAUUUUUCCCGACGCUCCUCGUCUCCCUCCUGCUGGGCAGCCUACUCAACUUCACGCUCUUCCUUAACACCCUGGUUAACAGCGCGCUGACCACAACGAUCGUCGGCGUUUUGAAAGGUGUUGUUAGCACGGUGUUGGGCUUUUUCCUUCUGGGGGGGGUCAAGCUGACCCUCCUCGGGUUGUUCGGGAUUCUCAUUAACACCACGGGGGGAGUGUGGUAUUCGUUUGCAAAGUUUUACGAGAAGCGGGGGCAAGCGGCCCGGCCAAAGGGGGAGGGGGUUGCGAGCGAACCGCUGUUGCCGGUUUCGACUAAUCCAGGGCCCCGAUCAUGAGGGUAUAACCUGCCGUCUUUCUGUGCCGGCUCAUACGACGAAGCCUUGUCCAUAAUAGACGCUUACACUGUCUCAGGAUAUACAGAGUACCGCCGGAAUUGCCGUUUCCGGAACAUGAGGAUUGCCAACAGGUUCCCUCGCUUUAUGGCAGCAGCUAAUAUUGAUCAAGAUACAGC